AUGGCCGGGGCUGGAUUUGAGUCGCUGGAGCGGUGCUUGGAGAAGCAUCUGCCACUCGCAGACCUGCAGGAGGUCAAACGCAUUCUCUAUGGCAAAGAGACCAGGAAGCUCGACCUGCCCAGCAGGGCUUUUGAAGCCGCCUCCAAAGGGGACUUUGAGCUGCAGGGCUAUGCCUUUCAGGCUGUGGCGGAGCAGCAGAGGAGGCCCCGGACCGUGCGCAUGGGGCUUGUUCAGAACAGAACCCCCCUCCCUGCGGACACCCCUGUGGUGAAACAGGUCACUGCCCUGCACAGACGCAUCGAGGCCAUCGUAGAGGUGGCUGCCAUGUGUGGAGUCAACAUUAUCUGUUUCCAGGAAGCAUGGACUAUGCCCUUUGCUUUCUGUACGAGAGAGAAGCUUCCAUGGACGGAAUUUGCCGAGUCAGCAGAGGACGGGCCCACCACCAAGUUCUGUCAAGAGCUGGCGAGGAAGCAUGACAUGGUGGUGGUGUCCCCCAUCCUGGAGCGAGACACGGAGCAUGGGGACAUCUUGUGGAACACAGCCGUGGUGAUCUCCAACUCUGGAGCCGUCCUGGGCAAGACGAGGAAAAACCACAUCCCCAGAGUGGGCGACUUCAAUGAGUCCACAUACUACAUGGAGGGAAACCUGGGCCACCCCGUGUUCCAGACUCAGUUCGGGAGGAUCGCCGUGAACAUUUGCUACGGGCGGCACCACCCCCUCAACUGGCUCAUGUAUAGCAUCAACGGUGCUGAGGUCAUCUUCAACCCCUCGGCCACCACCGGAGAGCUCAGUGAGUCCCUGUGGCCAAUCGAGGCCAGAAACGCAGCCAUCGCCAAUCACUGCUUCACCUGCGCCAUCAACCGGGUAGGCGAGGAGUUCUUUCCGAACGAGUUCACCUCUGGGGAUGGCAAGAAAGCUCACCGGGACUUCGGCUACUUUUAUGGCUCAAGCUACGUGGCGGCCCCUGAUGGCAGCCGCACCCCCGGGCUCUCCCGCAACCGGGAUGGGCUGCUGGUCACCGAGCUCGACCUCAACCUCUGCCGGCAGGUGAAUGACAUCUGGGGCUUCAAGAUGACAGGCAGAUACGAGAUGUAUGCACGGGAGCUUGCCGAAGCUAUCCAACCCAACUACAGCCCCAAGAUUGUGAAAGAGUAG